AGUCUGUCUGGAUGAUGACAGACAGUAAACAAAACAGUAGAUACUUCGAGAACACAACUAACUUAAAUAUAAAAUUACUUACAAAGCCAGUUAUUCGGGUGUCAUCAACAGCGUAAAAAUGUGUCAAAAACGGCCGUCAGUUACAGCCUCCCAACGGCAGGCGACGCGGUGACGUCACGGCCCUUCCGAACGUCUCCAGAGCGCAUGCGCAGCUCACGCACCGGCGGAAGUCGCCACGGUUCAGUUUCCCGUCGCUUCAUCUUGAACCGAAACACAACAAACCCAUGCAAAUAUAAUGGUCGCGCCCGUUUAAAAGCGAGUUAUUUUGUUUCGCGCCUCAGCGUCAUGUGUUACAAAUGAAUUCCUGGUCUAAUACUAGCGAGUAAUCCUAAGAAAAAUGGACAUUUCCACGCCACCUGAAGAUCAAGAGCUGCGUAAUGUCAUCGAUAAACUGGCCCAGUUUGUCGCCCGAAAUGGACCCGAGUUUGAGAAGAUGACCAUGGAGAAGCAGAAGGACAACCUCAAGUUCUCCUUUCUGUUCGGAGGGGAAUAUUUUGGCUACUACAAAUACAAACUGGCCAUCGAACAGCAGCAGCAUUCUGGCUCUCAUGAUGAUGAAUAUAAAAUGGAAGCACUGCUCUGUAAACCCCCGGAUAAAGAGGUCGCAGAUGUUCCCACGGCGAUGACGAUGCUCCCGCCGCCGAUCCCGCUGACCACACCGUCUGUGGAGGAGCUGAUCCAGCAGAGCCAGUGGAACCUCCAGCAGCAGGAGCAACACCUGCUCAGCCUCAGACAGGAGCAAGUGACGGCCGCCAUCUCUCUGGCGAUGGAGCAGCAGAUGCAGAAACUGCUGGUGGAGACGCAGCUGGACAUGAACGAGUUCGACAACCUGCUCCAGCCCAUCAUAGACACCUGCACCAAAGACGCCAUAUCGGCUGGAAAGAACUGGAUGUUCAGUAACGCUAAGACCCCGCCGCACUGCGAGCUGAUGGCGUCGCAUCUCAGAAACCGCAUCACUGCAGACGAGGCGCAUUUCGAGCUCCGCCUGCAUCUCAUCUAUCUGACCAAUGACGUCCUGCAUCACUGGUGUGUGGAUCCGUUGAUGACAUCCGAAGAUGUGCACUUCCCUUCGCUCAUCACGGAGUACGCGCCGGUGGUGCAGCCCGUCCAGAUGGCCUUCCAGCAGCAGAUCCAGGCACUGAAGACGCAGCACGAGGAGUUUGUGAACAAUCUGAAGCAGCAGCAGACGGUGGCGGUUGCAGCAGCUGCGGUCGCCGUCGGUCAGCUGACGCCUGCAGACGCCGACGUGAAGACUCAAGCACCCUUGACCUCUCAGCCUGAUCUAAAGCCUCCUCCAUUGGCCGGUCCUUCUGCCAGCGAUUACGAAGGCGCUCAGAACCGACCCUCAGACUCGAACCCGGCAGUGACGUCUGACAUUCCCUCCUCUAAACCCGGCUGGUUCGAUCCGCAGCACAACAUGCCGGCGUGGAACCCGCAACAACCCCCGCCAUUCGACCCGUCUCAUGUCCCGCCCCCUUGCCCGCCCUGGAAUAGCCACGAGGGCAUGUGGAACGAGCAGCGGGACCCCAACUGGAGCGGCCCUCGGGACGGGGGCCCCGCAGGCCCCUGGAGCAGCCAGAACGAGCCACCGCCCUCCUGGAGCGGUCAGUUCGACCAGCCGCCAUGGAGCAGCCAGCCGGAUCAGCCGCCGCCGUGGGGCCAGAGGGAGCCUCCCUUCCGCAUGCAGCGUCCGCCGCAUUUCCGUGGGCCCUUCCCUCCCCAUCAGCAGCCGCCGCCAUUCAACCAGCCACCACCGCCGCCUCACAACUUCGGACGUUUCCCGCCGCGUUUCAUGCAGGACGAGUUUCCUCCGCGGCAUCACUUCGAACGGCCGCCGUAUCCGCCGCACCGAUUCGACUACCCACAGGGAGACUUCCCAGGAGAGAUCGGUCCGCCUCCUCAUCACCACCCAAACCAGAGGAUACCUCCUCCCGGGAUAUCUGAUCCUCCUCCGUGGGGAGGGAACCAGCAUCCUGAUUUUGGGCCACCGCCCCAAGGCUUUAACGGUCAGGCGCCCCACAUGCGGCGGCAGACCCCUUCUCAUGUCAGUCAGGAUGACCCCAGUCUGGUGCCCAAUGUGCCCUACUUCGACCUUCCCGCAGGACUCAUGGCGCCGCUCGUGAAGCUUGAAGAUCAUGAUUAUAAGCCUCUGGACUCCAAAGACAUCCGUUUGCCCCCCCCGAUGCCUCCCAGUGACCGUCUGCUGGCUGCAGUGGAGGCGUUUUACAGCCCGCCGUCCCACGACAGACCCAGAAACAGUGAGGGUUGGGAACAGAAUGGUCUGUACGAGUUCUUCCGGGCCAAAAUGAGAGCGAGGCGGAAAAAGGAUCAGGACAAACGCAACAGCACCCGAGGGAAUCCUUCGCGCAGUCGGUCACGCAGUCGAGGACGAUCCACGUCACGCUCCAGCUCCAGGUCUUCCAAAUCCUCUCGCUCCAGAUCCCGAUCCAGAUCCCGCUCUCGUUCUCGCUCCUACUCCAGAUCUCGCUCCAGAAGCAGGAGUCACUCCAGAUCCAGGUCCCGAAGUCGCUCCCGCUCCAGAUCUCGCUCCAGAUCACGAUCUCCAGACAAGCGUCGUGACGCUGCAAAAUCACGCAGUCCGACACCACCCUCCACAUCUGGUUUGGGUUCAGGCCCUGCUGCGUUACCAGCCGACCUCAAGCUGGGCGAAGAAAACAAGGGCCAUCAGAUGCUCAUGAAGAUGGGCUGGAGUGGAUCAGGGGGUCUUGGUGCUAAAGAACAGGGCAUUCAAGACCCCAUCAAAGGAGGAGACAUCCGGGACAAGUGGGACCAGUACAAAGGAGUGGGAGUCCCGCUGGAUGACCCGUACGUGAACUACAGGCGAAACAAAAGCUACAAUUUUGUUGCAAGGAUGAAAGCACGAGAAAAAGUAAUCAGAGACCCCCAGGAGCCCUCCAGCACAGAGUGAUCACCCAUCACACAUGGUCUGUUUUUUUUUUGUUUGUUUUUUUACUGUAGAUGUCAAAGCUGUUUUCACAUUUGUUUGGACAUUUUAUCUUGCCCUUGGUUCCUUUUUGUAGUAAAAUGCAUCAAAGCAUCAUAUUGUAACUCAGAGGUGUCAGUGUCAUUGCAAGCGCUUCCUUUGAUUAAUCUGAGACUCUGUACAAGCAAAAUAAAGAUAUUUUAAAAAGGG